AUGUCCGAGGAGGAGCAAGAGAUCUACAAGAUGUGGCGCGUGCGCAAAACCAUUAUGCAGAUGUGCCACGAUCGAGGUUAUCUAGUAACACAAGACGAGUUGGAUCAAUCGAUCGAGCAAUUCAAGGAACAAUUCGGCAGUGAUGGAUCAACUGCGCCCAGACGGAGUGACCUCACCAUUCUCGUCGCACACAAUGAUGAUCCGCAAGAUCAGAUGUUCGUCUUCUUUCCGGAAGACCCCAAAGUUGGUGUAAAAACGAUUAAAGCCAUUUGCCAGCAGAUGCAGGAACAAUCUAUCACCAGAGCCAUCAUUUGUAUCCAAACUGGAAUGACACCUUCAGCUAAACAGGCUCUUACUGACAUGAUGCCAAAGUACAUUUUGGAGUACUUCCUAGAGAAUGAGCUGAUGGUAAAUAUCACUGAACACGAGUUGGUGCCCGAGCAUGUUGUGAUGACUAACGACGAAAAGCAGGAAUUGCUAGCUAGAUAUAAACUCAAAGACACCCAACUACCGCGAAUUCAACAAACCGACCCGGUGGCUCGCUACUUUGGACUUAAACGAGGACAGGUUGUGAAGAUCAUCAGGCCAUCGGAAACCGCCGGACGCUACAUCACAUAUCGUCUAGUCGUU